CUUGUAUCGCACACAUUGGUACACAUGAACACGUUGAGUUAAUUGAUUUGGUAACGGAACAUUUUAAGAGUAAAAUUAAAAAUGAUUACAUCCGUCUCUAAAGCCAGAUAUGACUGGAAUCCAAGCCGAAACCAGGAUGAUGACUUUGUUCUGGUUUCAUCCUUCAAGUGGAUAAUACAACAGACAGUCGGAUGGCCUAUGAUAGCAAUUUUUCUAAUCGUCAUGACUGCAAUCAUCGGCAGCCUUGUCCGGGAUGUAUACCGAACAAGAUGGCUCCGUCUGCCUCCUGGACCGCUGUCGUUGCCCUUCAUUGGAGGACUCUACCUCCUCAGUCGGAAGAAACCACACAUCGCCCUCGAGUCACUGGUCAUAAAAUAUGGGAAAAUAUUCACCAUACAGAUGGGUGUCGAAGGUCCACUGAUAUUUGUCAACGAAGUGGAAGUAGCCAAGAAGCUGCUCAAGACCAGCAAGAUGGCCGAUCGUCCCAUGAUGCCCAUUUUUAAGCAUCUCAGCGCCGAUGGUAAAGACUGUAUUGGCUGCAUACCAUAUGGACUCCAAUGGAAAAAACAACAGAGGUUGUGCCACGCUGCACUGAUGGAUGUUCAGAACCUCUCUCUGGAAGAUCAUGUAUCCUAUACCAUGGACAUCCUUUUCAAAUGGUUUGACAAGCAAGGUGGAAAACCAUUCGAUCCAGCUGAAGUGUGUGAGCAAAGUCUGGUGCUGUUUCAGCAUUCCUGUAUAUAUGGGCUGCGGUACGAAUCCAUGAAGGACCUGGACUUCAUCCACCAAGUGAAGACCUUUGCCAAGUCAAUCAAGUGUCUGGUGCCCGAUCACCCGCUUAACCUGUUUCCAUGGCUGUGGUAUCUGCCAUCCGAGGCAUCAAAGAACUUCAGGAGUUUCGUCAAGGAAAGAAAUGACUUCCUGGAAGAGCAGGUUCAGAAUCAGAAGAGUGGCAAAUGCUUCCCGAAUAAUGUCCUCAACCACAUGCUGAAGACUGAGCAAGACAGUGUCGAUACCAUGGAAAUCAAGGUCUGUGCGUGGACAAUGAACAUUGGUGGAUCAACAACCUUAUCUAGCACUUUGAAAUGGCUCCUGUUGUAUCUGGCUCACCACCGUACCUUACAGAAGAGGUUGCAGCAAGAAUUAGACUCUGUGACUGAACAAGGAUCCAGCAUGAAAAACACACAUGACACACCAUUCACAGAUGCAGUAAUUAAGGAAACAAUGCGCAUAUCACCACCUAAUCCAUUUGGAAUCCCACACACAACAAAUGAUGAUAUUCAUGUGGAGAACUUCGUGAUUCCUAAAGGGACAAAUGUUAUGAUAAACAUCUGGCAGAUUCACCACGAUAAAAAUGUGUGGAAGAACCCCCGCUCAUUCCAACCACAGCGCUUUCUUAGUGAAGACGGUAAAACAACCAACAAGCAGACAAUGAAGAACUUCAUGCCAUUCUCUGGCGGGGCACGACCCUGCAUUGGUCGGCGCACUGCACGUACAUUCAUGCACAUGUUCACAAUCUCACUGUUUAAACAUUUCAACGUCUCUCUCGAGCAAACUGAUUUUGAAGACAUUGACAUUGAAGGGUCAAUGACAUUUGGUUUGGACCCUGCACCGUACAAAAUAAGGAUCACACGAAGAGAGAGUUCAAACAUCGAAUGAUCACAUGAACAUUCAGCAGACAUUAUUUUAGUCCAAUCAGACCACUUGCAAGUUGAUCGAUCUGCUUAUAUACGCAUAAUCUAUUUUAUGUUUCCAAUACUUGUUUCUAGAACUAUGUGUACGCAUCAUAAUUAUUAUGUGCUAGAGAUGCAGUACAACCAGUAUAUCAAUAUACUACAAUAUAAAUUUUGAACAAUACGCAUCGCAAUAUCUUUCUACCAUACUGGUAUAUUGCCCUUAUAUAUUUUUUAUGUGUGUUGGUGCAUAUUUACUAUAUUUUCUAACAAAAACUACCAGUUUAAGAAAAGAGACAAUAACUUCACUUGUUCGCAACAAAUCUUGAUUGACUAGUAUCUCAUUUAAUUAAGUUAUACAAAAUGUCCAUGAAAUUUAAGUGCUCUAUAAAUUCUAAUAAUUGA